GAUGCGAACAGAGAGCGAUCAUGCUCGUCACGAAUAUACAUAAAAUCGUUUCGCGUUUUGUAUAAAACAUCACAAGCGCGUAGCUUUUGCGAGAGUCCGAGUUCUCUUUUACACUGAAAAUCACUUAUUCGUUAUGAGAGACUCGUAGUCAUUUCUGUAUGCUGGCGAAUGAUUAAACGCGAGUAGCCACCAUAUUGUUUUUUCAAGCCUCUUUGUGCGCAUAUCACUGGAGCCUAGAGAAGUGUUUUUAUUUGCGUCACUGCACGGACCUUUGUUUUCAAUUGAAGCUCGAGCCUGAUGCAUUUUAUAUGAUAUAAGUGCGAUUUAAGUGUAUUUUCUGAGUCUUUGAUACUUCAAGUCCAUAAAAGGUAAAGCUUUGCUCGUGUCAUUGGAAUCUGACAAGAUUUUGGUUGAUCGGCGAUAAUCGGUGCCAAUCGGGAAUCAUCGGAGCACGUUCAACAGCGUGCGUUUAGUAUCGUUUACGUUAUUCUAAAAGGAGUACGUUGAAAUCGCUGUUAUUAAAAAAAAAAAGAAUAAAAUAUCUCAGCCUGAAUUUUCUUGUAAAAGGAAAAAUGUCUAACUAUAAGCCAAUUGAUUCUAAACGCGAGGAGUUCCGAAAGUAUUUGGAGCGCGCUGGUGUAAUGGAUGCACUUACAAAAGUACUUGUAUCGUUAUAUGAAGAGACGGAAAAGCCAGAUGAUGCUUUGGAAUAUGUACGAAGAAAUCUUGGAGGUAUCACUGAAGGAGCUUCGGAGGUGGAUACACUUAAGAAAGAACUAGACGAGGCUAAGGCAACGAUAAUAGAAUUGAAAGCAAAAUUGAUCAAACUGGAGCCAGAGGAUACAGCGGAAUAACAAAAAGAAUGGACCAUGUAAAACCAUUUGUUUCAAACUAGUCGCAGCUUGUCCUUUACUUUAAGUUUCUAGCAAAAUCUGCCGGACCAUGUGCCUUACAACAUACUUGAUGAGUAAUAUUAGGAUUUAUAAGAUAAGACAUGACAAACUAUUCCUUUAUGACAAAGUUCAAAAAAGCGAAAUGUUAAGACUAACUUUUCUGAUAUAAUAACUUGAGUAGGGAAAAUCGAAUUACAAGACUAGCGAUCAUUGAGCGUCGUAGACGUUAAGAUAAUGUAAGUAUGUAUCGUAUUAUGACACCUAGAUAAAGUCGAUAGAGUAUUACCCAUUAAAUAUUUUGUAUGAUAA